AUGGGAAAAUCAUCUAUAUUUAAUCAAAAAAGAGCAAACUUUACAGACGAAAAUAAAAUAUUUAUCAGGGAACAAUCUGAUAAAUACCAAAAAUCAACAUCGAGAGAUGAAAAAACGAAUAUAAUCAAACAAGUUCUUCAAUAUUUUAAUAUUAAAUACGCCGAAAAUGAAUCUAAAGCUGUCAGAAGAUAUUUUAGUUAUAUUGCAGUUAAAAAUAUUCCCGCAGUUACUGGAAAAUAUCCUGAUACAAUUGUUCGCAAAGAUAUGCUUUAUUCGCAUGAUCAUACAAAUAUUAUUAAUUCAAAUAAUAUUGAACGUUACUACCGUUGCAUCGAUCAUUCUUGUCAAGCACGUUAUUUAGUUAAAAUUGAGAACAGUUCAGUUUCCGAAGAUUUACAAAAGGAACAUAUACCCGAAUGCAGACAAUUUAAAAAGUUACAAAAUGAAAAAAAUGAUCUUCAUAAAUCAAUGACUCUGACAGAAAUAUACAAUAAGGCAAUGGCAAAAUUUUCUGAAGACAACGGCACUUUUCAGCAGAUUAAAAAAUUUAUGACAGAACUUGCUGUUGGUACUGAUGAAAACCCAUUAAUUAAAGAUUCAUUGGUCAGGGAAGUUUAUAAUAAGUCCAGAAAAUUUUCUGUUGGAGAAAAAAUUACAGACGAUGAAAUUGCUAAUUUUUGUUUAAUAAAUGGCGAGCAGUUUUUCAUUGGCCAUGAUUUUCAAGCAAAUUGUGAGACGAUGUUUUUUGGUUUUGA